CAGCUCCUACCGCCAUCUGAGCCUCGGCAGUGUGUGCGGCGGCGGAACUCCACGUUAGAAACGUAGUGUGUGUGUUUGUGAGGUUGGGAAUAAAUACAACUGGAUAGUUUUUGAAAAAAAAUGGAGUUGGAAGGUGGCACGUACGGACCCGGCUUUGUGGGCAUCAGGUUUUGUCAGGAGUGCAACAACAUGUUGUAUCCCAAAGAAGACAAAGAGAACAGGAUCCUGUUGUAUGCGUGCCGGAACUGCGACUACCAGCAGGAGGCAGACAACAGCUGUAUCUACGUCAACAAGAUCACUCACGAAGUGGACGAGCUCACCCAGAUCAUUGCGGAUGUGUCUCAGGACCCCACUCUACCUCGGACUGAAGAUCACCCCUGUCCCAAGUGUGGCCACAAGGAGGCGGUGUUCUUCCAGUCCCACAGUAUGAAAGCUGAGGAUGCCAUGAGACUGUACUAUGUGUGCACAGCGCCCCACUGUGGCCACCGCUGGACUGAGUGAGGGGCUCCCUGUUGCCUCUUGCAGGAGGAGGGACUAGGUGUGUUUCCACGGAAACCUGGCUGCAAUCCAGAGAAGGCAUCCCCUGUUCUACAUCCUGACUUGUAGAUAUCUGUACUACUAGGGGAAUGGUAAUGCUUUUGUAUAAGGAACUGCUGUAAUUAUUUAAUACACGUGUUAUCAAUGGUGUACCAGUUUUAAUAAAUGCAUUUUUACAAAA